GGUACUACCCAAAUACGCACAAUACAAGGCGACGGCGAGGGCAGGGGCAUGCGAAAUUAUCUCGCCAAUUCGCUGCCUUUUUCGUGUAUAGGGCCGCUGACAUAAAUAAAUAAACGCUCCAAGCUUUGUUACUGUUGAGUUUUGAUAAUACAUCGAGUUGUGCGCGCAGUGUUGUUGUGAUAGACAGUCAAUCGUGACGAUAAACAAAAAAAAAAAAAAAUUCAGUUACGGGCCCAGCAGCUGAGCAAAAACAGGUGUGCGAAAAAUAUAAAAGAAUAUGAUUCUCCAUGGAGUACGGAAGGAACAAAGCCGGCGGUGAUUUUGCGCAUUCGACAAGAUCAUGCCUGAACUAACCGAAAUAGACUUCAUGUAAAGUUUUAAAAGCCGGUGAUUUUUUUGUCUCCAAUUUUAUUGUUAUUGUUGCUGUUGUUUGAUGAAUUGUUGUGAUUUUUUUUCGGUAAACCACGGAAAACAUAGCUUCAUAGUAAAUAUUGCGUUUGAACAUUUUUUUUAGACUCGAAAAAUUCGAAACGUUCAAUUCCAUGAUAAAUUUGUAGUUAAUUCGGUUAUUAAAUAUGGAUGAGCAUUCAUUUUUGGAAAAAGACGGUGCACCGGAUAAUUCGAUGGCCAAACGUUUGUCCGAGUCGAGACCACUUUUCAAGCCAGUUUUAGUGAAAGACAUUCUAGCCGAACACGACGGCGACGAUGAUGACAGUGAUGAUGAACAAAUUAUCAACUCCGAUAAUUCAGACGAAGAAUCAAUUGAACUUGAUGGAUGUCAGCCUUUAUCAGAUGAGGCUGGGAAUGAUGUCAGUGAUGAGGGUAAAGAAAAUCACAUAGAAAACCAAGUUUUCAAUCAACCAACACAUCAGGAGCAUCCGAUUCAGCAUGCAUACCACAGAAAUUCUGGUGACUACCCUAGUGAAUCUAAAAUAGCUGGUAAAAGUAAAGAAGUUUUUGAUAAGGUGUACGAUCAAGAACUUGCUGCAGAACAUUCUCAUUACAAAAGUGCAGCCGACUAUGCAGCUAGGAGAACGGACUCUUAUCCAGCUGAUUUUCCAACAGACAAACCCCUAAAGGUUUCCAGAAGUUCUGAUGAGAUGGUAUCUGCAUCUGAAAAUGCAUAUGGGCCCAUAAAAUCACAAUCACUGUAUCAGUAUGCAGAGGAAAGAAAAUUGGCAAGAGAUCUACCUCAACACAAACAUAGUUUGCAGAAUAUUGUUGUGAAACAAGAUAUAGAAAUUAAAGAGGAAGAACAUCAUAAAAAGUAUGUUGUAAAACAAAAGUCCACAGAAGUUCAACAAAAACUUACUCAUAAUAAUAUGCAUGCUUCUGACACUCCAAUGAAACAUCCUCACCUAACAACAAGACCAAAUCCAAGUACAUCACAUAGGAAUAUUUUUCAAACUCCUCAAAAUAAAGCUGGAAAUGAAUUUACCAAAAAUUCAUUACAAACACCAGCAACAAUAUUCUCACACUCAUGGCACAAACAACACAUGGCUCAAACACCAAUGCAAAGUCAACUUUCCAGUAGGGAUUCUGUAAGAACUCCAGCUGCUAAUUCAAUGAUAUCUCAGACUUCUCGUGAGACUCCAAGAAUUUAUGGGAGUGAACAUAAAAGUGUUCGUAGGCCGCUUGCUGAAACCAUGGGAUCUAGUCAGGCUUAUGGUCCCCAAUUACCAAGAUUGCAAGAGGUACCAAAUGAGUCUCAGAUGACUCCACCACUGACACAAGAUACUAGCAGUGCUAGUAGGCAAGGUAAUUUGUCAGAAAGAAAGUCUGUGUAUAAAACUACAAUUUCAAACCAAGAAAUUAAUAACAGACACUCGAGUAACUCAGAUAAAAUUAGAAGCGAAGCAAAUAUUCAACAAAAUUUGUCAGCACCCGAUAGUAGUCAUUCCAGUAAUUCAUUUGAUGAAAUGAAACCAAAAACUAAUCAUCAUAACAAUGCUUACCAAAGUUCCAAGAAAUUACCUAGAGUAACUGAUAAUUAUAAUAAUUAUCCACCAAAAGAAAGUCACAGUUCGCAGCCUGUUGCACAGACCAAAUCAAGUCAGUCUGAACCUGUACCAAAAAUUCAGUGUACUGUACCACAAAAGGACACCAGACAAAGUAAAAUCAUUACUGUAAAAGAUCGACAGUAUCUAGUUUUAGGUGUACUUGGGACUGGUAUGAGUUGCCAAGUUGUUAGAGCUCAAGAUUUAUCCACUUCAGAAUUAAGAGCUAUAAAAUGUGUUAAUUUGAAUAAAAUGGAUAGAGAGGCAGCUGAAGGAUGUUUGCAAGAAAUUUGUAUGCUUGACAAAUUGAAAGCCCCAUGCAUAGUUCAUAUGUAUGAUUUUGAAAUAAAAGCACCUUGGGUUCAUGUUGUAAUGGAGAUAGGAGAUACAGAUUUGAGUCGUUUGUUGAAAUCCAUGCUGCAAGAAAAAAAACAAAUUCCUCUUACAAUGGUUCUGUAUUAUUGGACUGAAAUGCUAACAGCAGUUCAACAUAUUCACAAAAAUGGUGUAAUACAUUCUGAUUUAAAGCCAGCAAAUUUCUUGUUAGUUAGAGGCCGAUUGAAACUUAUAGAUUUUGGAAUAGCAUCAACAAUAAAUUCUGAUAUGACCUCUGUUGUUAAAAACUCUACAAUUGGAACUUUAAAUUAUAUUAGUCCAGAGGCAUUGUUGGACGUAAAUGCAGGAAAUAAUACUAAUUCUCCAACAUCUCAAUGUAAUAAGUAUAAGAUUAAUCAUAAAUCGGACGUUUGGUCUUUGGGAUGCAUUUUAUACGGACUUGUCUAUGGUGCGACGCCAUUUCAUCAUAUUCGUCAACAGUGGGCAAAAUUGAGUGCAAUCACUGAUCCAAAGCAUAAAAUUAAUUAUCCAUCAGAUAAUGGAACAGAGAAUGUGCCAAAAAUUCUUAUUGACGUUAUGAAAAAGUGCCUUCAGCGUGAACCAAAAGCUAGACCAUCAGUCACUGAUCUUUUGGAAGUUCCCUACUUGCAGAGCAACAUUGCUCGACCAGUUCCUCAAAUUCCUAGUACCAUAAUAAAGAAAAUUAGAGAAGCCCUGACGGAAGAAGAAUGGAAUACACUUGCUGAGGUACUAGUUGAAAGAAGAUGAGCAAAUUGGUGUUAAUCAACAAUUAUACAAAUUGUACAAAGUAUCAUUUUUAUUGGCUUCAAAGGAUGAUAUUAUUAUUGAUUUACUUUAGCCAAAUGUAAAAUGUAUGUAUAAAUAUUUGCGAAUUUACGUAUUGUUCUAUUUGUAACAAGAUUUCUUGAAAUAUUUUUUAACAAAUAGUAAUAUUGGUGUUAAUAAAACAUGUAACACUACUAAACAUUAUAUUUUUGAAUCAUUUUUGUAAGGAAUAAAUGUUUUUUCAAGUUUCCUAGUUUUUAAUAGAUUUUAUAGUGUUUUAUAGUAGAUAAUAAGUAUUUUGUAUCUACUAUAAUUUUACUUUAAUUAUGCCUUGGAAAAAAUUUUGCACCCAAACUUUUACUAAUCCAAAACUUUUCAAAUUUAUAUUUUUUUACAUAGUAUAUUCGUAUGUAGUGAUAAAAUACAUGAAAUAAAUUAUUCAUACUAUAUCAUUUAUUUUUAA